UGGAGGCGCUUAGCGGUGGUGGUACGGAAUCUCCUGACCUACGAUCAUGCCCUGCGCAGGGAGAACAAUGAGCCCAUGGACCAGGUGCGGCGGCUGCUGUGCGAGAAAGCCAACCUGCUGGCCCAGGUGCGCCCGCCCGCCUGCCCGGUGGCUUUUCCCGAGACGUUCCAAGGCAACUCCGCCCGGCUUCCCGAGUUUUUGAUCCAAGCGGCCUCUUACAUGAGGUUCUUCGAGGCCAGGUUCUCGAACGAUACCGUUAAGGUGGCGUUUUUAAUCAGCCGCCUCAGUGGGCCGGCCAAGGAGUGGGUUGGGCCCUACAUCGAGAGGGAGAGCCUGAUCCUGGCGCAUUACGAGGGCUUCGUGGACGCGCUGACGCGGGCCUUUGGCAGGAACGGGUAGGAAACGGCAGGGCCUCGAGCCCCGGCGCCCCCCACGGACAGGGUCGUGGUUGACCUUGACUCACAAAGAGCUCUCCAGUCCUCACGGGCUGGGCCCGGAUCCUGCGAGGAAGCCCCGCUGCCUUUGCACUCGGCCCGGCCACUGGCGGGGUACCCGUUAGUCAUUGAACGGACCACCCCGAAUCGCGCCCCUGCCACCUGCCGCCUCUGAAGACUGCUGCUGACCGCCCUGGACGAUCUGGGCCAGCCUGGCAAGUGUCUGAGCUUGUCACACCCCCGGGGACACCGAUUUGGAAAGCUCAGGCCCAGAGACAGCUGCCAGGGUUCACGUGCCUGGCAGACAAAUAUUGACACUUCUGCCCCAGGAACCUGUUUUCCACCUACUUAGUUUCUGUUCUGAAACCACCACAGGCUCACAGAUUGUGCUUUUUAGUCAGAGAAAUCCAGCCGCUGAACAGUACCUGGAAAAAGUAUUUUCUUUUAAAAUGUAAAUAUGUAUCUUACAGCACCAUAUGCUGGGGACUGUACUUCGGGUUACAGGAGAAACAGAUGAGUUAAGACCAAAUGUGUCUCCACAGGAACGCAAUUGUGAGAGAAAAUUCUAAGUGCAUAUUUUGAUGUCUGGGAAAAUAAUGCUUCUGAGUGCAAAGAAUGGCAUAUUUGCUUCUUGUUUUAUAGCCUUUUUUUACUUUUCACCUCGUGGUUUUAAAAUAAUGUGUUAAAAAUAUGUGCAGCUUACAUGGGAGGCAGAAAACCCAACUUGAGCACUUUCUGUGUUUGCUCCUGAAUCUGGCAAAGAUGGUGUUUUUAAAGAUGGGUGUAACUUGCAGCAAAAAGAAUGGGGGCGAGGCGGGGAAUGGUGCAUUCCUUAAUCUAUAGCCGCCGAGCGUUUAUUCCCCUAUAGUAAGUGAUUUGACUCCCUCCUUUUUUGUAAAUUACUUAAACAGUUUUGGCCUCAGUUUUUCUUCUGUAAUUAAAGUCAUUACUUGGUCAUUAAAAUUUGGUUCAAAAUUCUGUGAUUCUCUUAUAGGGCCAAAGAAGAAGAAAAAGGAAGGUCUAAGCCCUCUUUUUUAUUUAUUUAUUUAAUUUAUUUAUUUUAUUUAUUGGCUGUGUUGGGUCUUCAUUGCUGCACAUGGACUUUCUCUAGUUGCUGGGAGUGGGAGCUACUCUUCAUUGUGGUGCACAGGCUCCUCAUUGUAGUGGCUUCUCUUGUCACGGUUUCUAGGCAUGUGGGCUUCAGUAGUUGCGGCACACGGGCUCAACAGUUGUGGCUCACGGACUCUAGACCACAGGUUCAAUAGUUGUGGCGCACGGGCCCAGCUGCUCCGUGGCAUGUGGAAUCUUCCCAGAGCAGGGCUCAAACCCGUGGCCCCUGCACUGGCAGGUGGAUCCUUACUCACUGCGCCACCUAAGAAGUCCUGAGCUGUCUUAGACAAAGGAGUUCUUGAAAUCCUCCACAGACCAAAAUCUGUAACUGCCUUUUCUUAUAUGUCCAUGGGUUUUGUCAUUCUAGUGGUCAAUAUAGUUUCACUGAAAUAGCUUGAAUUCCUAUUUCCCAUCUUCAUGUUAAGAAAAACUCAUCACUGCCCCCUUGGUGGACAGUUCACUAUACCUAAGGACUAGUGAAAACCUCUAAUUAUAUUUGUGCAUGAUUUGAUUAAAGACAGGUUAUAGCAAUCUAAAAUACAACACAAAUGAACUUAUCUACAAAACAGACUCAGAACCUCAGAAUAGGCUUGUGGUUGCCAAGGAGGAGGGGAGUGGUGGAGGGAAGGAAUGGAAGUUUGUGGUUAGCAGAUAUAAACCUAGUAUAUAUAGGGUGGAUAAAUAACACAGUCCUACCGUACAGCACAGAGAACUGUAUUCAAUAUCCUGUGAUAAACCACAAUGGAAAAUAGUAUGAAAAUAUAUAUAUAUUUUUAUAUAUGUCACUUUGCUGUACAGAAAUGAACACUAUUGUAAAUCAACUAUACUUCAAUAAAAUAAGUUAAAAAAAAUUAAAAUCUAUGUUCUUGCCAUAAAAAUUCAGCGA